AUGGCUUCACUAAGCCUGCAGACUGCUCCCAGCUUUCUAGCCUCCCUGCUGGGUGAAUGUGUAAACCUUGAGGAGGAGCGCAGGCAACCGGCCCCGUCCCCUUCGCCAUUGGAGGAGCGCCGGCAGCAGGUUGGGGAGAGGCGUGGGAAAGAUGGCUGCGGCGGCGUGUCGGAGCGUGAAGGUAUCCGGGUCCUAGCCCCUGCGGCUUGCCCCGCUGAACCUGCUGGGACUUUGGCGGCCGUGGAAGUAGGGGAAGAGAUUGGUGCCGGGAGAAAUGGUCACGCGAUUCUAGGCCCGGGCCUGGUCGCCGUUAUAACCGGAGGAGCCUCGGGCCUAGGUCUGGCCACAGCGGAGCGACUGGUGGGACAGGGGGCCAGUGCUGUGCUUCUGGACAUGCCCAGCUCGAAUGGGGUGGAGCAGGCCAAGAAGUUAGGGAAGAGCUGCGCCUUUGCCCCAACCGAUGUGACCUCAGAGAAGGACGUGCAAGCAGCUCUGGCUUUGGCGAAAGAAAAGUUUGGCCGGGUGGAUGUGGCCGUCAAUUGUGCAGGCAUCGCGGUGGCCCUCAAGACGUAUAACUCAAAGAGGAACCAGGCCCAUACCUUGGAGGACUUCCAACGAGUUAUCAAUGUGAAUCUCAUAGGCACCUUCAAUGUGAUCCGCCUUGUGGCUGGUGAGAUGGGCCAGAAUGAACCAGACCAGGAAGGCCAACGUGGGAUCAUCAUCAACACUGCCAGCGUGGCUGCCUAUGAGGGCCAGGUUGGACAAGCUGCAUACUCUGCUUCCAAGGGGGGCAUCGUGGGCAUGACGCUGCCCAUUGCUCGGGAUUUGGCUCCCAUGGGCAUCCGGGUGAUAACCAUUGCUCCAGGUCUGUUUGGCACCCCGCUGCUGACCAGCCUCCCCGAGAAAGUGCGCAACUUCCUGGCCAGCCAGGUGCCCUUCCCCAGCCGGCUGGGCCACCCUGCUGAGUACGCUCAUCUGGUCCAGUCCAUCAUCGAGAACCCGUUCAUCAACGGAGAGGUCAUCCGGCUGGAUGGCGCCAUCCGCAUGCAGCCUUGAAGGGAGCGGGCAGACGAAACACACACUCUUCCACCCGUCCUUCCCCUGGCAUACUGUACUCCAGCUCGGGAGGAAGCCCGGUAGCCAUUUUGUAACUCUGCCCACUAAUCACCUUCUGUGCCUAAUAAAGUCUAUUUCUUACAGGAA